AAACUAGUAAACUGUUAAACGUAAAAAUCAAAUCUACUGAAUAAAUGUAGGAAAUUACUUUGAUCACUUCAGUGGAUUGAUUUUGGAGCGACUCACUUAGUUUGGAGUAGAUUUCAUAUCUGUCAACUGCAGAGUCUUUCCGGUAUAAGUUUAUGCCCUCGAAAGUUGAAGUUUAGUGUUUUUCAUAUUGUGAUCGAAAGAUGUCGAGACUUUCUUGUUGCAAGCGUUCCAAUCCCUGGCAAGCAUAUCUUAAACUAUGUCGCUUCGUUAACAAAACAAUCUCUCAAUUCUUUGCCUUUCUUGGCGAGAAAAUAGGUAAUCAUCCUUUGAAAACAGUCAUGAUGGCCUUUUUCCUUUUGGCUGUUUCGUGCAGUGGAUUUGCGUUCUUCAAAGUGGAAAACAGGACGGAGGUCUUGUAUGCUCCAAAGGAUAGUGAGUCUGUGAAGAAUCUGAAAAGGGCCAGCAAAUACAAUUUUUACCGCCCUACUAGGAUGGCAGAGAUAAUUAUAUUGCGAAAAGAAGGAGAAAACAUUUUGACAGAAAAGUGUUUUCAGGAGGCAUUUAGACUUCACGAGAAUAUUACUCAUAUUCCACGGUACAAAAGCGUCUGUCUUCCUAACAUAAAAAGCGAUCCGUUAGCAGAAAUGAGCUACUGUAAACGGGAAGAGCCAUUUUGGGUAUUUAAUUACACGUCAGAUUUUACUAAUUUGUUGCCAAGGUUGAAUGAGAAGUCGAAGUUGAAUAGUGGGCUCUUCUCACGUAUUCUAGGGAAACCAGUGUACAGAAACGGGUCGAUUUUCUCUGCACAAGGCUUGAGACUCGUUUACGAUAUCAGGGGAGUUAUGGUUGGUGAUGAUCGAGAUAAAUCAACAGAGGAUUGGGAGAAAGAGUUUUUAAAGAAAAUGAAAAGUUAUCGCCCUUUAGAGUGUGGAUCUUUGGUAUACACUGCGGAACGUAGUAUUGAUGAUGCAAUCUCAGAAAGCACUGGAAGUGAUGUAAAGCUCGUCUCAUUAACGUUCACAUUAAUGAUAAGUUUUGCGUGUUUUAUGUUGGCCAAGUACCGUAAUCCUUUGACAGGUCAUGGUUUGUUAGCUUUUUCUGGUAUACUGUGCGUUGGCUUUGGUAUUUUAACUGGUUUUGGUUUUUCAUUAUUGUCACAGACGCCAUUUGUCAGUAUUGUUGGAAUUUUACCAUUUCUUAUAGUUGGAGUUGGUAUUGAUGAUGUCUUUAUUAUAGUGGAUGAGUUUGAUCGGUCUCAACCAGACGUGGACAUUUCCAAACGACUUAGGGUGAUCAUGAAGACUGUUGGUCCGACAAUCACCAUGACAACAUUAACAGACUUCUUGGCAUUUGCUGUUGGUGCUUCUUCGAGAUUUCUAUCCAUUGUUUACUUCUGCACAUUCGCUGCAUUCUCUAUUUCGUUUGCAUUUGUCUUUGUAGUGACAAUGUUUGUUGCUUUUAUGUCAUACGAUUGCCGCCGUAUGCUUGAUGGCCGCCGGGAUAUGUUCCCUUUUAUCAAAGCACCAGAACCACCAGCUGGGAAAUCUUGGGACGAGCCUCAACCGCAAACAUCAAACAAACUUAUGGAGUACUGGGGAAAUGUCAUCAUGAAACCACCUUUUAAAGUGAUCGUGGCUCUUGCAUCGAUGGCCUUGUUAGGAGCUGGUAUUUAUGGCACUACGUUUUUAAACGAGGAUUUCGAUCGUCGAGAUUUAGCUAAAGAUGGCUCGAUAUAUAUAAAAUUCCUAGACACAGUCGAAAAGUACUUUAACACUGAUAUACCUGUUGAUCUCAUUGUGGAGCCUGGAGUGAAUUAUUCCGACCCUUCCACUCAGAGUGAAUUAAGUAAAUUGACCAAAGUUGUGAGGGAGAACAAAUAUUUUCGCCCUAAUGUUGUCUCAUGGUUUACAGAACUUCAGAAAUGGCAAAACAAAACACAAAACACUACACAAAAUGUACUGGAUUCUCUUCAAAAUUUUUUGCAAAGUAACCCACAGUUCAAGAAAGACAUCUUCUUUGAUAAAGACAAUACAACGAUUAUUUCAUCGCGGUUUUAUUGUUAUAUGAAUGGAACAUCAAAUUCUGUAACCCUUCGCAAAGCUUUGCAGUCUUUUCGUAAAGAUUUACGAAAGAAACUAAAGAUUGAUAUUUUUGCAAGCGCCUAUCAAUUCAUCUUUAUUGAGCAAUUUAUUUCCAUCAAAGAUGAUACCAUACGAAAUCUUGUCAUUGCUGCUCUCGCUAUAAUUGUUGCCACCAGUUUCUUUUUGGUAAAUCCGCUGGUCAUUCUUCUAGUGCUGGCUGGAUUUGUGUCUUUGAUAUUUGAGCUGUUAGGUUUCAUGUAUAUUUAUAAUGUUUCAUUAAAUUCCAUCUCAAUGAUCAACUUGGUAAUGGCGAUCGGCUUUGCUGUUGACUACAGUGCUCAUGUAGCUCAUUCAUUCGUCUUUUCCACGCAAAGCACUCCUGAAGAAAAAGUUAUCGAAGCUCUUAGGACGACAGGAGCAAGUGUAAUAAUGGGUGGUUUCAGUACGUUCCUAGGAAUGGUUGUAACAGCUUUUGCGUCUUCAGAAAUUUUCCGAAUUUUCUUCAAAAUGUUUCUUGGGAUUGUUGUUCUUGGUCUACUUCAUGGUUUGUGCUUCCUUCCAGUAUGGCUAUCCAUCUUGUGUCGCUGGCCCAUAAAUGUACGCCCUGAAGAGGAUGAUGAUGUCCAUCAAGAGUCACGUGCUAAAACGGACGUGGUUAGUAUCCCUAGAGAUCACUCGAUGUCCAACAAAAACCCAGCAUUUGCUCUAUACAAUGAAGAAGGGAGAGAUCCUUCAUCUGCGGAAAAGCAAAUGCCAGAAGGAAAAAAGCAAAAUAAAGUGAAAACGUAUCUUUGAAGUUUGUGAAUAUUACUUUUAAUAGUAGCGAGCACUGGUGGCGAGCAAUAAUACUUUUCGUACAAUAGUUCAAUCACGACUAUUUAUUAAUAUUUAUAGAGUAUAAACAUAUAAAAUAAUGAAACACGUAAUGACAUGAAUGAAUAUAUCUUUGCAUGCAUGGAAAACUGUAAAUACGUGUAUAGAUGGUAGACAUGUAUCAUAUAUGUUGCAUUGUGAGUCGCUAGAAUGGCUCGGUAACUAGAAAUAAUUCAUUUUCUUUAAUCGUAGAUUUUCCAUGCGGAAGUCAAAUUGGUAUAAAAAAUACAAGCAGUCAGCACUUAUAUUGAACAGUCACACAAAGCGCUACAUUAUGCGAUGUGUGUUUUUAAUUUUAUUGAAUAAAAUCUUGUUCUUUAUAUCAUAGAUUAACUGCAAUAAAAACAAAAAUUACUCUACCAAAA